AUGGCAAUGCCAUCGGGAAGUGUAGUUUUGUCUGAUAAAAUGCAGUUCCCUGGGCCUGCAGCUGCCGGAUCUGCCGGUGGCGGUGGUUCCGGUGGAGUCGUAGGCGGUGAAGGUGGUGGAGGAGGAGAGAUCCAUCAGCACCAAUACCGGCAAUGGCUCCCCGAUGAGCGUGACAGCUUUAUCUAUUGGUUGCGAGGGGAAUUCGCCGCCGCCAAUGCUAUGAUUGACGUCCUCUGUCAACAUUUGCGUGAGGUCGGUGGUGUUGGGGAGUAUGAAGCUGUCAUAGCUUGCAUUCAACAAAGGAGAUGUCAUUGGAACCCCGUGCUUCAUAUGCAGCAAUACUUUUCGGUUGCCGAAGUUUCGCAGGCGCUUCAACAGGUCGCGUGGAGUCGAAGGCAAAGGUAUUAUGAUCAAGGGAAAGUUGGGGGAAAAGAAUUUAGAAGAUCCGGCAUCGGGUUUAAGGGGCAUAGGAUAGAGGUAGCUAAAGAUUUGCAGAAUUCUGGGGUGGAUAGUGAUGGAAAUUUGACUGUCACCGCAACUUUGGACGGGAACGAAAAAGAGAGCGAUGAUAAGGGCACGGCCUCGGCUGUCACCGAGGAUAAAAAGGGUGUUGGUUCCAAACCUCAUGCUGAUAGCAGCUUAAUGAACUCAGGGUCUUCGAAGGGAACUGCGUCUGAAAAUACAGAAUUGGGAACUGAGGAUGUAAAUGGAGGAUACACAUCGAGCUAUAAAGAGAAAGAUCUACAUUCUUCCCAAAAUCAGAAUGGAAAGCAGAAUGCUACGGGUCCAAAAACUUUUGUUUGCAACGAGAUGUUUGACGGAAAGAUGGUCAAUGUGGUGGAUGGGCUAAAAUUGUAUGACGAACUGUUUGACGAGAAGGAUGUUUCGAAUCUUGUCUCAUUGGUAAAUGAUUUAAGGGCAGCAGCGAAAAGAGGGGAACUUCAAGAUCAGACAUAUGUGGUUUCGAAAAAGCCAAUGAAGGGACAUGGUAGAGAGAUGAUCCAGUUGGGCCUUCCAAUCGCAAAUGCGCCUCUAGAUGAUGAAACUGCUGCAGGGACAUCCAGAGAGCGGAGAAUUGAAGCCAUUCCUUCCUUGCUGCAAGAUGCUAUUGAACGUUUGGUUGACUUGCAAGUUAUAACUUCAAAGCCGGACUCUUGCAUCAUCGAUGUUUAUAAUGAGUGGGAUCAUUCACCGCCUCACAUGUUGCCACAUUGGUAUGCAAAACCGGUUUGCAUCAUGUUCUUGACCGAGUGUGAUAUUACUUUUGGAAGAGUUAUUGCAUUUGAUCAGCCUGGGGACUUUAGAGGUUCUCUCAAGCUUUCUCUGGCACCGGGUUCUCUCCUUUUGAUGCAAGGAAAAUCAUCUGAUUGCGCUAAACAUGCACUUCCCUCCCUCCGAAAGCAACGCGUCCUCGUCACAUUUACAAAGUAUCAACCAAUGAAAUUCAUGACCGACAACCAGAGGCUUCCUUCGCCUUCGGUUUCUCAGUCUUCAAAAUGGGGUCCACCACCAAGUAGAUCACCCAAUCAUUUUCUCCCUUCCGUCGGAGCCAAGCCUUAUACAGCAAUGCCAACAACGGUAGUACUCCCAGCCACGCCAAAUCACCCACAAAUCCCACCUCCAAAUGGUGUUCAACCUCUAUUUGUGCCCGCUCCAAUUUCUCCUGCAAUGCCAUUUCAUGCUCCGGUUCCUAUCCCACCUGGUUCAACAGGGUGGCCGGGUGCUCCUCCAAGGCACCCUCCACCUCGCCUACCUAUUCCUGGAACUGGAGUUUUCCUUCCUCCACCAGGCUCUAGUAAUCCAUCGUCGCAAGGGUUAACUACUGCAACCGAACUCAAUGUUCCGGCGGAGACAGCUUCCCAACCAGAAAAAGAGAAGUGUAACGGAAGUGUAGACGGAACUGGGAAUGGAGUAGCCGUGAAGGAAGAACAAACUGUAAGGUCUAGCAAAGGUGGUAGUAGUUAAGUUGAGAGAAACAGGGGUAGGGUUAUGAAGUGCAAUGAGUUUUAAAGAUCGGCGACAUUCGAGACUUUGACGUUUUUUGGUUUAUCUUAUUAUAUGAAAUCACAUGCCAGGUGGAAACUCCGUUCUUAAUU